UGGGAAUCGCGGGCCCGAAAAGACAAUCCGUUACCCUUUCGACGGCAUUGGCGAAAGUGGCCGAGAUGAAGGUGGCGGCGCCGUUUCUUCUUCUCCUGUGCCUGGGGAUCCAUCCCGGUCGUUCCGACGACCCGGACGAUCCUUCGUUUCCGGACGUGACCAACUUGAUGCGAAACGGUUUUGUGGCUCAGAUCGAAAUAAACAACAGACCGCAGGACGAGAGCAUAUACGUCACCGAGUAUUACUUCGCGGCCAAGAACCUGACCCGAGUGGAAAUCAUCCGGAAAGGAAAGGUGGAAAGCGUCUUCUUCUACCCCACCCAGGACCAAAUCGCCGUGCUCAAAGAUGACGCCUGUCGGGUGGAGAAGGCGGGAAGUUCCGACUACCUGCUCAACUACAACUUCACCAAUUGGCUGUAUUCGCCCGGCGGAAAAACCAUCUACUUCGGCCCCACUUCUUUACUCCGAUCGGGCGCCGACAAUCCGCAGAUGCAAUACGUGGGGAAGGACACGGUGGAAGGCAUUCGCUGUCACAAGUUCAACGGCGACUACUGGGCCAACGACGACAUUCAGGUCGACUACUUCUUCUCCGAGGAGAGUUGGGCUACGCCCACCAACGUCAGCCGGCAAAUGGUUCCCAUCAGAGUCAGACUGUACGGAAAAGGAAAGCCGAUGGAAGACUCCGACGAGGGGAUGUUCGAGCAGACUUUGGACUACAUCAUGUUCCGGACUUUCGUCUUCGACAGCCGCAUGCUCCGGCCUCCGUCGGGAUACGGAUGCCCGGGACUGCGGAACCAGGGCCCGGAUCCGCCCGCUCGCUCCGGAAAAUUCUUCGUCUCCGGGGAAUUUCGCAACCUGACCGACGACCAAAAGAACAAUCGAGACACCAUCGUUCCAUUCAGGCUGUGGUACCAUUACGACAGGAAACUGGCCAGACUGGACGUCCGCGGAGGCCGAGACGGAUCCAAGUCCACCGUCUACGACUUUAACACGGGCAUGAUGUACGUCACCGCCGACCGAAAAUGCGACGCCUUUCCCGUCCGCGGCCAGACGUUGGAGAGCUUCGAAGACGGACUGAUCGGAAGCAUGAAGAAGCCCAAAGAAAUUCUGGGAGGAGAAGGAGACUUCUAUUACCUGGGACAGUCUUACGUUCGAGGAAUGCUGUGCGACGUGUGGGAGUCCGUGAUACCGAAAUCGUCGGAAGAAAAGAAAGGACCGGCCAGGACCGUCUACACUUACUACUUCACUAACCAUUACUGGUCGGUGGCGGUGGACGGAAAAGUGGAGGGAGCCAGUCCGGUCCGAGUGGAAGUUGCCGAUUACGACGAUCGAGGGGUGGGAGUUCGGCUGAUCUACAACUUGUUCGCCUACGACAAAUUUCCCACUUUCCGGUUCGGUCCCUUCGACGUCUCCGACUGCGAGGGAGUUCCCUCGCGCAAGAGCUACUUCCUCAUCACCUUUUCGGGAAGUGACGAAACGGUGACCGCGGCGGAAGACGUGGCGGCCGUCGUCCGGGAGGAACUGAGGACUUCCAUACCCACCAAUGCGCAGGUGUCUUCGCUGCGUCUGCUCUUCUUGCGGGUGGAUUUCGAACCCGGAAUAGUCAGCGUCCUGGGACUUCUUACGGAACGCGUUCCCGCUCUGAAAAGAUUCGAAGAGAGCGACGAGCACGACAAACCCAGAGAAUCGGAGAAGGAAGUCAAGAACGUAGACUCCGACGAAGACUGCGCGCAAUUCUGCGUGGAGGCCGACAAAUGCACGUGA